GACGGACGUACUAAAUUUUCGGGACAGCUCGUGAAACAGUGCUACACGCUGAAGUGCUGGCACAGUCAUCUUUGAUGGCUAUUCAUGCAUAGGCCUACGAGCAGCAUUCUUUUGAGGCAUGGCGGAAGCAUAUUCGCACACCGACUCGACGUCCUCUCACGAAGACGCCCCUGAAGCUAACGAUGGACCAGACAGCCAGGCAAUUUCUUCGACCAAUGCACACGAUGUGGCUGCAGCAUUGCGGGGAAGCGCGAAUAGUUUGGAGGAUUCGCACGAGCUCAUACACAUGGAAGACAUACCACUUGUAGACUACGAAACACCACGAGGGGAAGCACAGCCGCAGGGCUCACCAGAAUCAACGGACAGGUGGACAGCGCUCGUCGGCUUACCCAAACUUACUCGUCAUUUCGCGUGUCACAUCGUCAACCAUUGGACUAAAUACACGUGUCUGUCCAUUGUGAUAAUCGCCGUCUUCUUGUGUUAUCCUGCAGCGAUAUUAUACAGGCAUUUAGCCCAAGUACAUUGGGACGCUACGCUGCCGACAGAACAGCCGAACGCUGCGUUUGUGGUGCCGUGGCGUGAUCGGAAACACGACAGCGGGCAUCCGCGGAUUCUGGUGUGGGACAACACCGAAUUGGGCCACUGGUGGACACGCGAUAGCGCUGUAUGUGCUACUGAUGACGAACACUCCGUUAAGUGCGAUGUAACCGAAGACGCGCACCACCUGCUGACCAGUGACGCCGUUGUUUUUCUUGCCGAGCAAUUGGAAGCUCUCGGAUUGCCUCAAUUACGCACGGCGGCUCAGUUCUGGGUUUUUUGGGCCAGGACUCGCUUGCCUUCCCAUGGUGACACCGUCAAUGAAAAUGAACGACUCCCCUUUGCCGCCCACUUAUUCAACUGGACAAUGGCGCACAGGGAUGACGCAGAUAUUGCUUUAGCUUACAAUACAUGGCGGUGCGUCUCCGACAGUAGUACAAAGAAGCCUACCUAUACCAUGUCUCGUGAAAUGAAGAAAGACGUUGCCUGGGUUGCCGGUAGCUGCGAGCUGCGUCGCUUGUCAGAUGGCAUACGCGCUAGGCGGGAGAAGAAGGAUCUCACUCGGAAUAGCUUGGGAGGCAAGGUGGUCAUGCAACUGUUUCAAAACUGCGGAGAAGACCAGUGCUCGUCGCCACAUAAGUGCAUCCCGCAUAUCGCCAACAACUACCACUUUGUACUAGUGUCACUGAAGCCCGACUGCUUCCAGAGCCCCUACGAACUCAUAUACAACGCGUUCCAAUACGACGUGGUGCCCGUCGUGCUGGCGCCACCGAACACUACCCUCAACGUUCCAGCCCAUUCGGUCGUCAGCACGUCAGACCUGCAGGACGUGGAAGAACUUGCUGCACGCCUGCGAGACCUCUUGCACGACCGUGGCUUGUAUGAAAACUACUUUGCCUGGAAGCAGAACUGUUCCUGGUCGCCAUCCGAGGACGAAUUGUGUCCUCUGUGCCGUGCACUUUGGAAAACACCGGCCUACUACCGGCACUGCCACCCAGACGUUCAAGAGUGGUGGUCUAAUGGCUCGCAGUGUAAGGACGUAUCGUUGUAUGGGCUGGACAACGGAUUCACGAUAAAGCCCUGAUAUUAUCAUUAAUGAAAGUCCGCUUUCUGCGAUCACAAGCGGCUCGGCUGUGUAUUUCUCACGUACAGCCGCCCAAUUUUAUGG